AUGGCCAGCAAGAGGAAAUCCACUAUACCCUGUAUGAUCCCCCAUAAGUCCAUGCACCUCCGGGAGGAGCUGGAGCAGGACUCGUGCCUGUCAGACCCUCUCUCCCUCCUCCGACAGGCCCGGGACCAGGGCUACCCCUCCAUGGGCGCUAGCGGUAACGGGCUGAGCCCCCGGGAGCGAUCCCCAGGCGAAUCCUCCAGGCCUGAGGGGGGCAAUGAUGUCAAAGACGGGUGCGGCACCUACACGUGCAGGCCGUGUAACUUUGAGACCCAGGACCUAAACCUGUUCCUGGACCACGUCUACAGUGGCCACCCGGACUUCAGAGCUGACCCCAGCUUCCAGUGCGUGGACUGUGGGGUGUCAGCGGCCAAGUUUGAAGGCCUGGCCCUGCACAACGCCCAGGUCCACCCCAGCACAGUGUGCACCACCUUGCAGCUGAGGAGGAGAGACAGGAGGGUGGUGGUGGAGCAGAGUCUGGUGACAGGGUCAGAGACAGGGAGGGACACAGAGAUCACCAUCACCAAGACCCCCAUCAUGAGGAUGAUGAAAGGGAAGUCGGAGUCCAAGAGGUUUGUGGUGUCCCAUUCCUCUCCUGAUGAACCCUCCCCAGACCCCCUCCCCAUCUCUAAGUCCAAGGAGAUGCCGAGAAAAGAGGCCCCCACAGUGACAGUUACCCACGUCCCUACCAUAGUGCACAACGGCACAACCACCAAGGUCACGCUGCCCUCUGCUAUCCAGAUAGUGAACGGCUCGGGGGCUCUGCCCAUGCUCAAGACUGCCAUCACACAGGUACUUAGUGCAUUUGAUCUUUGCUGACAUUACUGCAAAUUACAAUUGGUGCUCAAUGAACUUAAUUGAAUUACAUUGCCGGAAUGUGUACAAGUUUCCUCUGAGUUGAAUGCAGUUUAUAUCACCGACUGUGGACAUUAACGUUCGUUUUUCUAUGCUCUGAACCAGGUGGUGUCAGUGGUCCAGAACAGGAACAUCUACCAUCAGACAGCUCCCAUCACAGUCUCCGCUGCCCUCUCCUCCUCCUCCACCUCCUCCUCUUCCACCUCCUCCAAGAACAUGCCCAAGGUACAAACAUUGAUUUAUUUCCUGUCAUUUUACCAGGAGCCCUGCGGCUCUUAACGUACCAAUUUGUGUCUGGAGAUUGACUGGUGUCAAUUCCCCAUUUUGAUCAUAUUGUGUCAGUACCACUUUAUGAAGAUGUGAUAUACAGUUCAAGUGUAAUUACAGUGUAUGUACACAUUAUUACAUGGUACUAACGUGUAUGGGCGGCAGGUAGCUUAGUGGGUAAGAGCGUUGUGCCAGUAACUGAAAGGUCGCUGGUUCUAAUCCCCGAGCCGACUAGGUGAAAAAUCUGUCGAUGUGCCCUUAAGCAAGGCACUUAACCCUAAUUGCUCCUGUAAGUCGCUCUGGAUAUGAGCGUCUGCUAAAUGACUAAAAUGUAAAUGUAAAAUGUGUAUUUACAUUUAUCAUGGAAAUACAUGGGUUUCAGUGCCUUUUGAGCUGUCAGUGUAAAUCUUCUCCUAGUUUAUAUGAAAUAGUUACAUGAAGUAGUGUAAAUUCAAUGUAAUUCCGAUUGUUGGUACAAAUUACAUGUUGGUACUACAUGAAAUAUAUAUUUUCUACCUUCUGUGGUGCAGGUGAUGAUCCCUCUGAGCAGCAUCCCAACCUACAGCGCCUCUAUGGACUGUUCCUCCUUCCUCAAGACGUCCUUCAGUAAGUUCCCCUAUCCCACCAAGGCAGAGCUCUGCUACCUCACCGUGGUCACCAAGUUCCCAGAGGAGCAGAUCAACAUCUGGUUCACUGCCCAGAGACUCAAGCAGGGCAUCAGCUGGUCUCCAGAGGAGAUAGAGGAGGCCAGGAAGAAGAUGUUCAACACCAUCAUACAGACAGCGCCCCCUAACACCCAGUACCAGCCAUUGACCCAGACCCACCACAGCCCAGCCCAGCACACCAUCAGGGUCCUGCCUGCCUCUCUGGGGCCUACGGGGAUCCCUCACAUCCUCCAGGGCUCGCUGGUGGGUCAGGGAGGGGUGAUUGUCACCCAGCCCAUGAUGGCCAACAGCAUCCAGGUCAGCAGUGCCCCCAUGGCCCUGGCGGUCACACCCAAGCACCAGGCUGCGGCCCGCCCUAUGAUGCAGGCCCGGCCUGCUGGUGCCCUGGUGGUCGAUAAGGGGAUCAGCAUGGUGGUGGGGAGCAGUAGUAUUGGAAACAACAUCAUCAUCAGUAGCCGUAGUAGUAAUAGUGGAGGGAGUACUAGUAGUAUCAGUAGUAAUAGUAGAAAUGGUGGAGGGAGUACUAGUAGUAUCAGUAGUACUAGUAAUAGUAGAGGGAGUACUAGUAGUAUCAGUAGUAGUAAUGGUGGAGGGAGUACUAGUAGUACCAUCAGCAGUAGCCGUAGUAGUUACAAUAGCAGUAGUUUCAGCAGCCAUGCUAGUGUUAUUAACCUUAGCUUUGGCAACAACAGGGGGAACAGCAUUUACAGCAAUGGCAAAGUCAUCAACGCCAAUGGUAAAAUCAACCAUGCUAUUGCUAAUCUCAGUGGGAAAAGCAACAGCAAUGCUAUCAGCAUGGUUAAAAGCAGCAGCACGGACAGCAGGUGCAACAACAGCAGCAACAGCAGUACUAUUGGUACAAUUUUCAGUGAGAGUCAAGUCACCGCUGAUAUUAAAAGCACCAUGGACAAGAAACCCAACAGCAGCAAAGAUACUAACAGCAGCAGCUUGAGCUACAAGAAAACAAUCACCACAACCAGUGGUCCCACUGCCACAGCUAACCCCACUGCCACAGCUACCCCUACUUCCGCCACCAGUAACACCACCACCACCAAAACAGAGGCGGCAUCUUCCCCCUCCACCAAACCUUCCUCCUCGUCUUCCCCGGCGCAGAGCGGGAGCACGGACGCCAGUGGAACCCCCAGCUCCAGAACGCUCCCAAACAGCUUCCUGGACCCUGGCUUCUACAAGAGCAAGAAGACCGUGGAGCAACUGAGCGCGCUCAAAGAGAGCUUCACCAACAACCAGUUCCCCAACCAGGAAGAGGUGGACCGUCUCAUCUCCUUCACCGGCCUGACCGUGCGCGAGGUCCGUAAGUGGUUCAGCGACCGCCGCUACCACUUCCGCAACCUCAAGGGGGGACGUUCGAGCACGGGCGGUCAGGGUGGUGCUAGCACUCCAACCACACCCGGGUCGGCUAGCGCAACGACCACACCUGGGACGCCCAGAGGUAACAGUGCUACCCCCAUGGACCUCUCAGACACUGCAACUCCCAGUGAGAACACUAAAACCUCCCAGCAGGGGUUGGCAGCCCUCAGCCCCCCUCCCUCACAGACACCCACCUCCCCCACCACCCCGUCCAGACGGCCACCCAGACCCCCCUCCCCAGACUUCACAGCCAUCCGCUACAAAGAGAGGGACCCUCAGCAGGUGAGUGGUGCUGUGACUGUGAUGAUUGACUUUGCACACAGCUUAAUUUUCCAUAAGAUGAUUUAAAAAUAAUAAUAAUAUGGGUGAAGUAUCCCUUUAAUGUGUAUUUACUGCCAAUCAAAUUGCUCACUGGGACAUGAGAAACCUACGCUCGUCUACCCUACACUAAUCUCUUCUCUACCUAACCAGGUGAGGGCGCUGGAGGCCAGCUUCAGCCAGGACCCUGACCCCUCUGGAGAGGAGGUGGACCGCCUCCGGGCUGAGACCAAGAUGACCCGUAGAGAGAUCCACGGCUGGUUCGCUGAACGCAGGAAGAGAGUCGCUGCUGAGAAGAAGAAAGAGGAGUUGGAGAGGGCGGAGCAAGAGGAGGAGAUGGAGGCAGGGGGAGGGGAGGAGGGGGGGAAGAGUAAGGAUGAUGCUGGGGUGAAGAAAGAGGAGGAUGGGGAGGAGAGGCAGAAGGAGGAUGGUUCAGGCUCAGAGCUGAAGGUGAACCCCAUUAAGAUCAACCUGAAGAUGCUCAAAGUGACUGAGUCAGAUGGAAAACUGGAGUCUGAGGGAGGGCAGGCAGACAGCCCCACCAUGCCUACCUUGUCUCCCCCUACCCCAGCACCCUCCCCAGACCCAGCCCCAAAAUCAACCCCCACCCUUACCCCUGCUCCAUCCACAAUUCCAACUCUAACCCCAAAGCCAUCGCCAUCACCUAAACCCUCCCCCUCUACAACCCCAAAACCAGCAGCACCAUCUUCCACUCCUGCCCUCAAGCCCUUCGCGUCCCCCAAACCCUCCCCUAUCCGGGGCAAGAAGACGUUAGAGCAGCUCCACCUCCUGAAGCAGGUGUUUGUCCGGACCCAGUGGCCCAGCGCAGCCCAGUAUGACGAGCUGAUCUCUUCCACAGGGCUGCCCAGGCCUGAGGUGGUGCGCUGGUUCGGGGACUGUCGCUACGUGCAGAAGAACGGCCAGCUUAAGUGGCUGGAGGCCUACCAGACCAUGGUCCUAAAGGAGGACUUCCAGAGGGGAGACACUCAGAUGCUGAAGGCCCAUCUGGAGGCCCACGGGAGUCUGGAGGAGGAACAGGUGGGACUCUAACGUUAUCUGGGAUAAAUUCUUUUUCUAUUAAGCUUCGUAUUCUGAAGUAGCAUUGCACAAGCUGGAACAGCUCAUAGGAGCAGGACCCUAUCUCCUGUUUCUGCAGCGUGAGGCAGCUUGAUGUAGAAAGUACACCCCCUGGACAGAACGCUAGUCUAUCGCAGGACCUUACCCACAAUUUAUCUCCUUAAUGUUGAGUGCAGAGACGCAUUAGGUCCCAUUUUACAGUCUUUGGUAUGACUCCGCCGAGGCUUGAUCUUCCAAACUCAGGGCGGGAAUUAGAACCACUGGUUCGAGUUAGUAUGGAGUUACAUGUAAUAACACCAAGAAAUUACAAUCAUGAAACGACAUUUGUGCACCGUGAUGUAAAGUGUGUCUAGCAAUUGUCUAUACUCAUGUUGCCUCUGGGUCUAAAUGUUGAGUUGCAGAAUGCCUGUCAAUAGUGAUUCGUAAGACUGUCUGUCCUCUCCAGGUGUUGGAGCUGGCCCAGGCUAGUGGGUUGACAGAAGAGCUGGUACGACGCUGGUUCUCUACCCAGGCUCCUAUACUGCUGCAGGGGAAGGACAGUGGGGUUGCAGCCACAGUGGAGGGGGUACCAGAGGGAAUAACACCCAACCCAUCACCCACGGUACACAUGGAGGAAGGAUCAUCAGAGCCGGUCCAAGGAGGGGGGGAGGAGAAGAUGGAACAGUCGGUGUGUGGAGGAAUGAAAGAUGGGGAAGAGAAGAGGAGCGUGGACACAAAGGCUGUGAAUCCUGAAAAAGGUAGUGUUUCUUUCACCAAUUUGAUUUGA